AUUGACCCAAAGUUGGUAACACAGGGAUUCACUACUUGCCCUGUGUUUCCGCGUAAUGAACCUUAUUCAAUUCUAGGCACCAAAUUUGUGAAUGUGAACCCACCCCACCCAUUAUUAACUAAUGCUUUUCUGUUCUGUUUUCUCUCUCUCCACUCUCCUUCCUUAGCUUCUGCUCAUAACAAACAAACAUAAUGUUUAGCAAGUCGCCAGACCCUCAACAUUUCAGUGACUAUGGCUUUGACCCUCAAAUCAACUAUCUCCAAGUUUUGGAGGAAGCCAUGAAGCACAAGCGUGACACAUCUUCAUCUUCAUCAAGAUCCAUAGACUCCAUACACUUCAAGCUUCAAAAGCCCAUUUCCAAGGAUCAUGACUCAAGGACCAGCAGGCUUCACAAGCCCGCCAAGAAGAAGCGCUGGUGGAAAAAUGCCCUCUUCUUCUUCAAGUUCAGGUGGGCCCACCACUACCAAAACAUCAACAACGUUAAUGAUGUUCACCAGGCCCGAGCCCGGGCCUUCCGGGCCUCAAUGUCAGGCCCGGUGUACUUGACGGAGAGCAGAAGCGGGUCCUCGUCCCCUUACUACCGUACUGCCAGGCGGCCGUCCUCCGGGCCCCUGGCCGGAACCAUGAUGCCGCCGGCGAAGGGUGACGUGGAAACACCUUACCUGAGCCUGAGGGACCUGAACAUGGAGCAGCAACAACUCCAACAGAGGGUUUCCACCUCAGCCAAGCCCAUAUACUUGGUCACGUAAUAAUUAAUAAUAAUAACACACUAAUUAGGUUGUUCUCCUUACAACUUUGAAAUCUCAUGUCUUAAUAGUUAGCUAAUAUUAACGGGUAGGGUUUAGCUCUCUGGAUUCUUGAUGAUGUCUCUUGCAUUUAUGUUAGUUUGGUAUAUUUUGGCUGAAAUAAUUGUGAUAUUUUUACUCACAUUAUUAUUUUGUUUCCUAUAUGCAUUAUUGUCUCAUUUUAGAU